AUGACGGUCCCUUGGUCUUCAGAUCGUAACUUCCCGCUUCUUGUGGCGGCGUUCGCCCUUCUUUUUGCAUCAUGUUCGUUGGCCUUCGCCCCUCACCACGAGUUCGACAGUACGGCUUUGCUGAGACGGCAAAACUCUACACUGGAAGGAUGCCUCGGCGCUGCGGGGAUAGAAACUUCUCUCCCUUCCAGUGCUGACUGGGUCAACGACACGCUGGCCUGGAAUUCUCGACUCAGUCCAGUUCCUGCUGCGGUCGUGUUUCCAAAGAGCGAGGCCGAGGUGACAACCAUCCUCAAAUGCGCGAGCGACGCCAACGUCAAAGUUACCACGCUGGGAGGCAACCGAUCCUUUGCCAGUAUGGGAUUCGGCCGCAACGAUGGCGCCUUGAUCAUCAACCUGCGCAACAUGAAGGUUCUGUCUUUCGACACCAACACCCAACAGGUCACACUCGGCGGUCCCGUCAUGAUCUCCGAGGCAGCAGGGUUUCUUUGGAACAGCUAUUCCCGUGCACUGCCUCACGGACGCUGCCCUGAUGUUGGUAUGACAGGAGUUGGUAUGGGCGGAGGCUUCGGCACGCUCUCGCGCAAGUCUGGGACCGUGCUAGAUAACAUCGUGGCUAUGAGGGUGGCACUGGCAAACGGGACUAUCGUUGACACCAGUCUGACAGAGAAUACGGACCUCUUCUGGGGACUGCGAGGAGCAGGAAACUCGCUGGGAGUUGUUCUCACCAUGAGCAUCCAAACUCUAUCCCCGGCAACCACAGUCACCAACUACACUAUUUCCUUCCCAUCUGGGAUAACGCCUACCAUCGAACAGAAUGCCGCUGCCUUGUUCGGCGCUCAGAAUUGGGCCCAGAGUGUCGAUAACGACGAUGACUUGUCCAUCCGCUUUGCCCUCCGUACAAGUUCGACGCUGGCCGGUUUCUACUACGGCGAUCAAUCCAAUUUCCAAGCUGUGGCUGAAUCGCUGCUGAGCUACCUGCCCAACAUGACGGUGAAAUCCAACCAAUUCAACUUUUGGGAUUCGGAGGACAUCACAACCCCUGGUAUAAUAGCGCAAACCAUCACUGCACGCCGCUACUUCUACAUUACAUCCGUCACCAUCCCCAGCUCGAAGCCCCUGACUCAGGAGCUCGCCAUCGAGCUCUUCAACAAGACCGUUUACCAAACCAAGCCUACCGAUGCCUCCGUCUCGGGCUUCGUCGAUAUCUGGGGCGGUGACUACACCAACGCCGUGCAAGCCGCCGACUCAGCCUGGAAGCACGAUGGCAACCUGCUUCUAGUGCGCUGGGAUAUACGUACAUCUAGCUUCGACACGGCCUUCUCGACCGAAACCCUAGACACGGUUCGUGGCAGCUUUUACGAGUUUGUUGAAACUUACAAAGCAGCUGGGGGUGUGCCGGGAGGCUUCCCGAACUAUCGGGACGCGAACUGGAACAUCAACGAGACGGCAGAGUACUUGUAUGGAAGCAACUGGGACAAGUUGCUCGAGGUGAAGAAGGAGUAUGAUCCCGCCGGGCUGUUGAACACGGAUCCCCAGGCGGUUCCUGUCUAUUAA